AUGCACCGGCUGCACCCGUCGUUCAACUGGUUCCACUUCAAGCGGCGCGUGCGCGCGCUGUUCGACACGAACAUCAGCACGGGGAUCGACCGGGCCGCCGCGCACGAAAUCCUCUUUGGCAAGGGCCCGGGCUCCCCUGCGCGGAAGGCGGAGGCGCCGCGGCAUACCCUGAGCUUCUUCGCGGCUGUGGCGGCGGCGCUGGAACUCGGCGCGCUCGCGUGGAAGGAGGAGGGGUACGAGGGCCUCGAGGCGAUGCGUGAGGACGGGGACGCCGAGCCUCAAGUGGGUAAGGACGGGAAGCGGCCUAGAAAGGCCAAGGCUGGUAAGGCGUCUUCAGGACCGGCGAGUGAAGGCGGGCGGGAGGCGCUCCAGCACCCAGACCCGGCGGCGCUGUAUGCGCUCUCGCGGCAGGCGCUGGAUAUUUUCGAGAUGUUCCACCCGCAUGAUUUGGAUUUCCUCGUCGCGAUGGAUAUGCAGGUGCUCUUCCUGCUGCAUGAUGGGAUUCCGAAUAUCAGCAGCGUUGUUUUCCCCAUGGUUGGGAAGAUGGUGAACGUCGCGCGGGCGAUGGGCUUAGCCAUGGACCCAGACGAGUUUCCCUCCAGAUACAGUCUUUUCGAAGCGGAGACAAGACGGCGGAUAUGGUGGGAUGUCUUCUACUACGACCUAUUCGUGUCAGACUGCAUGGGGCACCCUCCUUUGAUCGCUGACAACUCGCACACUACCAAAAUCCCGGUGUCGGAUGUGGACGAGGAACGAUUCGUCCCAGAGUCGAUAGAAAUCCCGACGUGCAAGGAGGAAGACUCGAGCGAGAGCGCCGUCAACUCAUCCACGUAUCUGGUGCUGAAGUGCCGGUGA